AACAAACUGGGUCCAAGGAAAAGAAUACUCCAACUUGCCAAAAAUGGAUGACCCCAAACUACCCUCUCAUCACUCAUCCAUCUCUCUCAUUGCUAGGCUGGAUCAUUUGGAGUUCAUUAUGAAAUACUUAGAAAGAAAACAAAGAUGUGGCGCCAAUGUCCCUGCUGACAAAGCCAAACAACCUUUGGAUUUGUCCACCAAAGAGGAUUUCUUUAAAGGCACAUUGUUGGAUCGAGUUACCUCUCUUGAACACAGACUUUUUAAGCUUUAUGUAGAUAUUGAUUCAAGUGGAAACUCUCUACCUUUGUCCCGUGAUUCCACACAAACCUCUGGGGAAUCUUCUACCAGCCAAGGAUCCAAGACAGAAAUAUGUCACUCGUUUCCAACUUUCAACAAUCUCUCAAAUAAUACUGAGAGAGGAUUAAUGCCUAUCAAGACAACUGAAAUAUCCCAGGAAAAAUGUGAGAGUGAGAAGCAACAGACUAAAAACUCGUGUCCUCCUAAGCAACAGGUGCAGGUGGUGAAGAAUAGACCUAAGAAGAAUGAAAAGAAAGGCCAAGUUGAGAAGAAACAAGUAUCUCCUGUUGGUUGGCCACAUUUAAAACUACUAGGUUGCUGAUCCUCGUAACAUUGUUUAUAGAUUUGUUGAAAGAGAGAAAAUUGUGCUGAGCUGGAAAAUCCGUGGAAUGAUGCUGACAUCCAUUUUAAAGUUUUGGAAGAGGAAGCCACGCCAGCUUCAAACUCUUUUAUUAUCUUAAUUUUUGAGUAUGUUUUGAACUAAUUAAUCUGUCUGGUUCAGAUGAGCUCAUAAUACAGGCACAGCAAUGUUUGUAGUGUAAUUAUCGGUAAGCAAAAUAAAAUUCUAAAAGCAGAGACUUCAGUUCAUAAUAAUGGAAUCAAAUGGUGGCUACAAGCAGACAGUUUCUAGUUGUGCAAUGACCAUCAUCUUUAGACUUUAGCUAUCUUUUGGAUGCCACCAACCAAUGAAAUUAUUUCUAUGUCUACAAAGUUUUAUUAUUUUAACACCAUUAUUAAUACAGACAACAAUCAUAAUCCUGAACUUGUUCAAUUCAUCCAAUAAUAUAUUCCCUUAAUCAUUUCACCUUUUUAUUUUCCCAUUAAAUAUUCUCAUCAGAUUCUUCUAGAAUUGUGCUCUACCACAUUAAUCUAAUUGCUUUCCCAUAACCCGGAGUCGGAAAAUAACUACAUCAACAACACCUCCAUUUAUUGGUCAACAUAAUUUCACUUUGAUUUUUAAUGCAUGAAAUAUUCUAAUCCAUGAUUAUAGCUACUACUUAACUUUAUCAAUCUUUGUAUAUUAAGCCAUCGGCGUCACAUCCGAUUAUUAUACUUGAGUGAUGUUAUACAUCACCCUUUUACAUACGCAACAGAAAUAAGAAGAGAAGACAUAAAGAUAUGUGAUGAAGUAGGUGAUGAUAUAAUGUAUGAGAUAAAAGAAAAACAAAUAGACGAGAAGACAGGUAGAAAUUAUUGCAUGAAUAAUACUUAAUAUCGAUAUUAUUUAUAGUGAAUUCGAGAGAAGUGGAUCCAUGGAUGUGAACACAAAUGGUAGGAGAAGUGGGUAGCUACUGCAACUUGCUGUUGACAUAACGCAACACUGUGUGGAGUUGGAAACCCCAAGCAUGUUCGCUAGGUCUUGUGGGCCAUUUAUCUCUUACACAUCCCUAGGGACGAAAUACAAUUAAUUAUGACCCUAUAUCAAGCAAGCUAUUCGACUAAAAUAAAAUACUAUUAUUUCCUAUAUCUAGCUAUUUUAUUUGCUGAGUUCCUCACGAAUUAUUCUGCUAUGUAUGUCUCAAGCUUCUUUCUUUUCAAGUUAGGGAGAUUUCUCUUUCAUGAAAUCUUGUAGCCACCAUUUGAAUGAGAUGAAGGCAUCUUGCAUUA